AUGCUUACAAUUUGUUGCCAAUCAUUUGCUAAUUUUCUUCUUCUAUAUACGAUUUUUAUUUACUUUCAGGAUUACGCGGCAAAACUGGAUGGAAUUGGCUUAUGCGUUGUCAACUUAAUGGAUGAUAUGCACGAAUACAUGCGCGGCCUGUUUCUGCUAAUGUAUUGUGCGCCCACAGUUCUGCUGGCUUAUCUCUACAUAAGAACUUCGCAGGAGUUGCGGCCACCUGACGGACCAUUAGCUGUAAUGAUGUUUGAGCAUCGCGCGGAUAUAAGGAACCGCCAGCGCAAUUUAUCGGCCUCUUCGGCGGGUGGCAGCGUCGGCGCUACCAUUACUACCACCUCAGGCAUCGGCUCGGCGCUCACCACUCACACCAAUGGCGGCAGUGGCAGCGGCAGUGGUGUUGGUCAUACCUCGUCUGUGUUGUCGGCCACUUGCUCUGCCACGAAGACGCGCUCGUACGACCUGUACAGCGCCGAGUUGGAUGUCUAUCGCGAGAAACGUAAACAACGUAACUUUGGCAGCAUGGCCGCAGCACAAGUGGUGUGCUUGUGUCCUUUGAUGAUUUUACGCUUCGCGCGCCUAUCGAUGGUGGAGACCUACGAGAAUCAGAAGCACUUUGACUUCACCUACUUAAUGUUUGUGUGGAUUGCAUUUCUACCCACCGUAAUUUUUCCAUGUAUUUACGCCUCGCAGAUAUUGCCCAGAGAUGAGCAGAAGCGUAUUCGCGGCUAUUUUCGUCUUACAACAAAACGUUUCCACAAGUCGCGCAGCUGUGGCAGCCAAGCGGGCAGUGCCAACACGCCCAGCUCCAGGGAGGGUUCUAUUGAGAAGGAUGACAACACAAAUACCACCCAAGGCACUUCGAUACUGGUGAAUGGCGAGGAGUAUUUGAACGGCGGCGGCAGCAUUACCGGCACUGCACUGGUGACGCGUCACGAACUCAACAGAGCAGCCAAGUUUCAACAACAGCAGCAGCAGCAUCACAACAACUGCCGGCUAGCGGGCAGAGACACUUCGAAUGGUGUUGCGACAGGUCAGCAAGCCUACGUUAAGCAAACAUUGACGAAGGAUGUGCGUGUGAAGAAGAAUGAUGUGAAGAUUAAGAUAAUAUCGGAUGGUGGAAAAGGCAAUAAGUCAGCGUUGGCAGGCGUCGGCAAUGUUGGUCAACUGCAGGCGCGCCAAGCGCAAAAAAGUGGCAGUGUGAGCAGCGGCAGUCGACGUGAGAGUGUGGCCGGUGGCGGUGGCGGUGUCGGCAAUGUUGGUGAGCGCAAAUUGACGCUUGGCUCAUUGGAUAAUUCCUGCUCGAACAUGACCUCCUCGACCUACUGCAAUGGCGCCAGUAGUUUGCUGGAGGAUGACGGUGGUGCAAGCAACUUUGGCGAUGGUGAAGAUUCCUCCAUAGUGAGUGGCAUGAUUGUGUCGGGCGGCGGUCAAAAUGCGGUGAAUUAUACGCAACACAAAAAGUGGAGCCUCAGUGGUCAGCCCUUAUUGUCCAACAAAGAUUUAUCAUUUAGCGAUUGCAGUAGUUUCUCACACAUGGACACGGCUAGCACGUUGGAGCGCGAUCUCGAGAUAAUCGACAUGUUGGAGCGCGAACGCAGCAUGGACAUACAGGAGAUGAUCGAGCGUGAGCAACAUGGCGAGACGGUGCGCAUGACAGUGGGCGAGCGGCGUAAAUUGCCCGAUAUUGAUAAGAUCUAUCAGCGUUCGCCGAAACCCAAAGUCGAUCCGUACAAUUAUGAUGUAUCCGCACAAGCGACGCCGACACCAUCAACGGCAACAGCCAAAGAUAGCACACCAAACUCGUUGAUCUGCAGCGACCCGCUACAAUCGAGCGGUGCUGGUGGCAGUGUUAGUAGCACGAAUGAUGGCUAUAGUGCCGCAUCCACGCUCAAUGAAGAGAGUGCAGCACAUCGGCUGCCACGCGACGACGAGGGUGAGAGUGGCAUCGAUGUGGACGAGGAAGUACCCUCCGAUUUCUUCGACAAAUAUACACCGGGUGCCGCCAAUGCUGUGCCUUAUGCGAGCAGCGGCGGCGGCGGCGCAGCAUCCAUCACGCCCACUUCCGCCUACCAGUAUCAGUACUCGCGUCGACUGAGCCGCAAAUCUUCACAUCACAGCCAAAGCUCUACUUCGCAUCGCAACUCGAAGCGAGACAGCUUUAAUUCACUUAACGGUAGCGAUCUCAUUGCGGGCGCUUUUGGCGAGCUCGAUCCAACACAACCGUUAUCUAAAAUGUCGGUGGUGGAGGGGCGUAUGCGGCGUAGUAGUGGACGCACGGCUAGUUUCUCUUCUUCGGCACGUAGUUCAAUGAAAUCGCGUGACUACAGUCACGGUUCAUCGCAUUCGGCGCAUCCAGAGUUGGACUUUAGGGAAAAUAUAUUCGCCGAACUGUGAAGAGGUGAGUGUGCCAAGUGGUGGAUAGUUUAGACACUAAGGUCGAGCAGUCUAAUUAGUGUAACACGAGCAACGAACGAAGGUUUGAAUUAAGCUUUAGCUUUUUAGUAUGAACAGUGGCAGAUGAAAUCCUUUUAUAUACGAGUAAACUACAAUGGAAGUCCUGAUCGAGCAGUUUUAGUAGGAUAGGUAAGUGUAACUUUUAAAUAGGAUUUGUUG